AUGGUGUUGCUCUGUGGUCCCGCUGCAGCCUGGCUGGCUCUGGCCCUGGCCCUGGCCCGUCCGGCCAUGGCUGCCCCCCCACCCCAGGACUGCACGGGCCUGGAGUGCCCGCCGCUGGAGAACUGCAUUGAGGAGGCGCUGGAGCCCGGGGCCUGCUGUGCUACCUGUGUGCAACAAGGCUGUGCCUGCGAGGGUUACCAGUACUACGACUGCCUACAGGGUGGCUUCCUGCGUGGCCGUGUACCCGCCGGCCAGUCCUACUUCGUGGACUUUGGCAGCACCGAGUGCUUCUGCCCACCUGGUGGUGGCAAGAUCAGCUGCCAGUUUAUGCUGUGUCCAGAACUCCCUCCCAACUGUAUUGAAGCUGUGGUGACCUCGGAUAGCUGCCCGCAAUGUGGCCAGGUGGGCUGUGUCCACAUGGGCCGCAAGUAUGCUGCUGGCCAUACUGUCCACCUGAUGCCCUGCCGGGCCUGCCAUUGUCCUGAGGAAGGUGGCAGGCUUAUCUGCUACCAGCUGCCUGGCUGUGACAGCGAUGCUGAGGCCCUGCCCACCACUACACCCACCACUGGGAACUUCUCAGACACAGAGGAGGGUGACCUCAGACGGCACUAUGAAGACCCCUACAGCUAUGACCAGGAGGUGGCCGAGGCGGAGGCGGAGGCCUUGGCGGGCGAGCUCCCGGCAGCAGGCGCAGAUGGCAUGGCUGCUUUGGGAGAUGGCAGUCAGCCCCUGUCUGCCAUCCAGGCUACACCCUGGCCUGCUGCUCUCCCCAGACCCACAGCAGCCACUGCCCUAGGCCCCCCAGCCCCUGUUCAGGCCCAGUCCAGUAGAGUGAAGGAGGACAGUGAGGAGGAGGAGGCAAAGGAGGAGGAGGAGGAUGAAGGAAAGAAAGAGGAAGAAGGGACGGAAAGGACUGUUGUGAAACAGCUGGCUGUGGGUGGUCCGAAUGGACUGGUGGGGUUACCCACUGCAGGCCUCCCAGUUCAGGAGGUAGGGGCGGAAGCCCGGGCAGGGCCUGAAGAGAACCUCCUUCCUGAUGCCCAGCCUACCCUUCACAGUGUAGGGCAGGAGGGAACCAGGCCUGCAUUGGCAUCCAGUGUAGCCAGCCUUGUCCCCACGCCAAGUGCUGCCAAGCCCAGUGCCCCCACCAUCCUGAUUACACCACAGCAGGAGGUAGCCCAGGGCUUCUCAACCCAGGAGGCAGCUAGGCAGCCGAAGAUUCUGCCCCGUCCCCAGGCUGUAAAGGACACAGACCCCAACUCUGUGCAUUCCACCCCCAGACGUGGCCCUGCAGUCUCCACCAAGGACCUGAUCGAGUCAUGCUGUGCGGCUGGGCAGCAGUGGGCCAUAGAUAAUGACGAAUGCGCAGACAUCCCUGAGAAUGGCGUGGAAGGUGACAGCUGCAGGAUAGCUCAGAAACACUGUUGCACUGCCUACUUAAAGGAGAAGACUUGCAUGGCUGGCAUCCUGGGGGCCAAGGAGGGUGAGGCCUGUGGGGCCGAGGACGACGACACCUGUGGCAUCUCCCUAUACAAGCAAUGCUGUGACUGCUGUGGCUUGGGACUUCGCAUACGGAGUGAGGGCCACUUGUGUGAGUCUAACCCCAACCUGGGCUACCCCUGCAACAACGCAAUGCUCUCCUGCUGCGAGGGUGAAGAUGCUCUCAUUGUGCCUGAGGUUCGCAGGCCUCCAGAACCUCUAGCCAUACCAAAGAGAGUUUCAGAGGCGGAGGUGGUGGACCGGGAGGCCCUUUCACUGGGCACAGAGGCUGAGCUGCCCAACAGCCUUCCAGAUGACAAUCAGGAUGAGUGUCUGCUCCUGCCGGGGGAGUUGUGUCAGCACCUAUGCAUCAACACCGUGGGCUCUUACCGCUGUGCCUGCUUCCCCGGCUUCUCGCUACAGGAUGACGGCCGGACCUGCCGUCCAGAUCAUGAACCCCCAAAACCAGAGGCUGUGACGCAGUCUGCACCAAGGCCACCAUUGCCCCCAAUGGUCCCCAACAUAAUCCCACUACCCUUACCACAACCCAACACCUGCAAAAACAACGGGCCCUGCAAACAGGUGUGCAGCAUCGUCGGGGACACGGCCAUGUGCUCCUGUUUUCCCGGCUACGCCAUCAUGGCCGAUGGUGUGUCCUGUGAAGACCGGGACGAGUGCCUGAUGGGUACUCAUGGUUGUAACCGGCGGCAGUUCUGUGUGAACACCCUGGGAUCCUACUACUGUGUCAACCACACAGUGCUGUGUGCGGAGGGCUAUAUCCUCAAUGCGUAUAGGAAGUGCGUGGACAUCAACGAGUGUGUGACAGCUCAGCACACGUGCACUCGGGACGAGCACUGCGUCAACACACUGGGUUCCUUCCACUGUCUCGAGAGUCUCACCUGUGAGCCGGGCUACACGCUCAAGGACGGCGAAUGUGCAGAUGUGGACGAGUGUGAGCUGGGCACGCACAACUGCCAGGCGGGCCUCACGUGCCAGAACACCAAGGGCUCCUUCUACUGCCAGGCUCGGCAGCACUGCAUGGAGGGCUUCCUUCAGGACCCUGAGGGUAACUGUGUAGACAUCAAUGAGUGCUCAUCACUGCCCGAUCCCUGUAAGCCGGGCUUCAGCUGCAUCAACACCGUGGGUUCCUACAAGUGCCAGAGAAACCUACUGCUCUGCGGACAUGGGUACCACAUCAGCGAGGAUGGCACCAAGUGUGUGGAUGUGAACGAGUGUGAGGCAGGCGUGCAUCGGUGCAGUGAGAACCAGGUGUGCCACAACCUCCCCGGCUCCCACCGCUGCGACUGCAAAGCAGGCUUCCAGCGCGAUGCCUUUGGCCGGUCUUGCAUCGAUGUGAAUGAAUGCUGGGCCUCCCCGGGCCGUGUGUGCCAGCACACCUGUGAGAAUACGCCAGGCUCCUACCGCUGCUCUUGUGCCUCUGGCUUCCUGCUGGCUGCAGAUGGCAAGCACUGUGAAGAUGUCAACGAAUGUGAAUCCCAGCGCUGCAGCCAGGAGUGUGCCAACAUCUACGGCUCCUACCAGUGCUAUUGCCGCCAGGGGUACCAGCUGGCUGAGGAUGGGCACAGCUGCCGAGACAUCGACGAGUGUGAGACGGGUACCGGCAUCCUCUGCUCCUUCCGCUGCAUUAAUGUGCCAGGGAGCUACCAGUGUGCAUGUCCAGAGAAGGGCUAUGCCAUGAGGGCCAACGGGAGAUCCUGCAAGGACCUGGACGAGUGUGCACUGGGUACCCACAACUGCUCCGAGUCCGAAACCUGCUACAACAUUCAGGGCAGCUUCCGCUGUCUACGCUUUGAGUGCCCGCCAAACUACGUCCACAUCUCUGAAACGAAGUGUGAGCGCACCAUGUGCCAUGACUUGAUGAAGUGCCAGAACUCUCCUGUGCACAUCACGUACUACCAGCUCAACUUCCAGACGGGCCUCCUGGUGCCUGAAAACAUCUUCCGCAUCAGCCCAGCACCGGCCUUCGCGGGGGACACCAUCUACCUGACCAUCACCAAGGGCAAUGAGGAGGGCUACUUUGGCACACGCCGGCUCAACUCCUUUACAGGCGUCGUCUUCCUGCAGCGCUCUGUGCUUGAGCCCCGGGACUUUGCCCUGGAUGUUGAGAUGAAGCUAUGGCGGCAGGGCUCCCUCACCACCUUCCUGGCCAAGAUGCACAUCUUCUUCACCACCUUCGCCAUGUGAAGGCCAGCCACACUGCAAGCC